AUGGAAGUACUGGAGUUUCUGAACCGGCAUGCAUCUAGUCACUUGCUCAAGCACAAGCAAACCAGCUACACAGGAACACCGGAAAUCACUGUAUGUCAAGAUUUUGAGGAGCAGUCAGCAAGUGUACACCGAUUUUCGACCGUCACAAUGAUGCAGGAAGACAAUUUAACCACCAAUGUGUCCUGUCAGAUUCAUGAUGGCAUAUUGUCACCAUUCUUGCCCAUUGGCUACAUUAUCAUCUGUUGCAUUGGUCUGCUCUGUAACACUGUCACGCUCUACAUAUUUUUCCUUCGGCGACAGACAGACUCUUCCAUGACUGUGUACAUGCGGCACCUUGCCCUAGCGGACACCCUCCUGGUCAUGUGCUUGCCCCUGCGAGUUUACUACCACAACAAAGAAGGUCCCUUCUACUUGUGCAAGGUGGUGGGCAUCUUCUUCUACAUCAACAUGUAUUCCAGCAUCCUGUUUCUCAGCCUCAUCAGUCUUGAUCGCUACUUGAAAAUCAUCAAGCCCGUUUGGGUCCGUCGAAUACAAAAGACAAAGUGGAGCCACAUGGCACGCUUGUGUUUCUUGCCCUACCAUGCGAUACGAAUACCGUACGUUCUGGCUCAGAUGAAUGUGAUCGGAGAUCUUCAAAGCCAACGAUUGUUGCACAUCUUAAAUGAGAGUACCUUGCAAUUGUCCGCUCUAAAUAGCUGCCUUGACCCAAUUAUCUAUUACUUCUUAUCCAGUGCAUACCAGAAAACAAUACUGUGUGUCAUUCAGGGCAAGUUUAAAAACAUGUAUGCUUUAAACAGAAGGAGAAUCAGCAUAAACCGCUCACUCACUGAAAUUUAG